AUGUCUAUUAAAGUUACAAGCAAAGAAAUGGUCCAAGAGUUGUUGGAUAACUAUGACAACUUCUUGUUUGACUGUGAUGGUGUCAUUUGGUUAGACACCACCCUAUUACCUAAAGUCCUUGAGACCUUAGAUAUGCUCCGUGCUCUUGGAAAGAGGUUGAUUUUUGUUACAAACAAUUCCACAAAAACCAGAGACGAAUUCGUUGCCAAAUUUGCCAGCUUUGGAUUAAAGAUCAAUAGGGAAGAUGUUUUCGGUAGCUCCUAUGCUUCUGCCAUAUUUGCCAAGGAUAUUCUCAAGCUACCUCAAGACCAAAAAAUCUGGAUUGUUGGAGAUAAGGGACUUGAAAAAGAAUUUAAAGAAGCUGGUUACAAGACAAUCGGUGGUACCAAGAUGCCUGAGCUAGACGAGCCACUAGACCUCAAAAAUAAGGAUGAUCCUAUUUAUCACUUGGACCCUCAAGUUGGUGCUGCCGUCGUUGGCAUGGAUACAAAAAUUAAUUAUCAUCGUUUGGCAGUUACUUUGCAAUACUUGUUGAAGCCAAAUGUUGUCUACAUUGCAACCAACAUUGAUUCAACCUACCCUGCAAAUGGAAUGGUUCUUCCUGGUGAGGGAACUUUAGUCCAAGCUGCCGCCUACUGCUCUCAAAAAAAACCAUAUUCAUGCGGUAAGCCAAGCAAAAGUUUGAUUGAUGUCAUUGUGAAAACUCAUGGCAUUGACAAGAAUCGGUCCAUCAUGAUUGGUGACAACUUGAACACCGACAUGAAAUUCGGGCUUGACAAUGGCCUAGAAACCAUGUUGGUUAUGACUGGUAUAGGGUCCGAAGAAGCUCUGAAUGCUUUGGAAGAGACCAAGCAGCCAACUUACUUUGCCGACAAGCUAGGAGAUCUUUACGAGCUUAUGGAGUCUCGUUAA